UCGGUUUCCCCGGUCUCCCAUAGCCCCUCUCGCCGCUCUCCGCUCGCCGCCGCCAUGCUGGGGUUGGGCUUCACGGCCUUGCUGCGGCUCGCGUGGCUCGCGGCGACUGUGCCCAUACUCGUGGUCUCCCUCCCGAUACGGCCAGUGGGUUUCCUACAUCGGAUGAUUAUGGGGUUUGCCGCCAGAGGAAAGACGAUGAUGAAUUCUUCCACCCAGAAAUUCACCGUCCCACAGCGAUACUUCUUGCAUUUUUAUUGGUGGUCUCUAGCAUUGACAACAUCCUUGGCACUUUCUACAUGGUUCUAUGCCUAUAGAAAAAUGGUACCAUUAGCAUCUGAAUCAUUAAGCUACUCGACAGUUGCCAGUCACUUGAUCGGAGGAUCACAUAUCUUUUCUUCUCACAAAGUUUCAUCUACCCCCAUGGAGCAUAAGUACCAAGUCUGGAGGACAGUCUUUGUGCUUUUAUUGAUGGAGGUUCAGGUCUUCAGACGUUUGUACGAGACACUAAAUGUGUUCCACUAUAGUCCAUCAGCCAGAAUGCACUUUCUUGGCUAUUUAACCGGGCUUUUGUAUUAUACAGGGGCACCAUUGUCGCUUGGUAUCUCUUGUGCUUCUGAGGCAUUAAGUUAUGCACGUGAUCAGAUAGCUGAGUUUAUCGUAAAAGGCCGUGAUAGAAUGCCAGAUCUUCAGAUUGACUGGUUGGAAUUAUUGAAGCCUCUUCUUUAUCUAGGAUGGUGUCAAUGGAUAGGUGCUGUUAUCUUUCUUUGGGGUUGGCUACAUCAGCUUCGUUGUCAUGCAAUUCUUGGUUCAUUGCGUGAAAACAAAGGAGCCGAUGAGUAUGUGAUCCCUUAUGGUGACUGGUUCAGAUAUGUUUCAUGCCCGCAUUACCUUGCUGAAAUAAAAACAUGUAUGGACAUCUUGAUCUCGUCUGGUCCUCCUGAUCAUAUAUUUUGGAAUCCUGGUUGCAAGCGGAGGAUCGGAUAUUACAAUUUGGCUUCUUUUCAUGUUUGUGGUAUCCAAUCUGACAUUUGCAGCUGCCGAAACGCAUAGAUGGUACCAUCACAAAUUUGAGAACUAUCCGAAGACCCGUCGAGCUAUCAUUCCAUUUGUUUACUAGAAAAAUUUCACACACAAAAUUACUUUGAGAAUCUAUGGAAAUUGGUUUAUGUAAUUGUUUUUUAUUUCCAUAAUGAUUAUUAGGUACUGUGCCUUUCAUGUGCCCUGA